AUAAACGCGGUAGGGGAAGAAGAAUGGGCUAACGAGUUCGGCCGUUAUGAAGACUGGAUAACACCAGCAGCAGCAGCAGCUAGAGGGGAACGGUGUCGACCGACUGAAGAAGACGAGAAUAAUGAUAACGGAUGCUCAUCGCGACAUCAUGUUCGACAACGUGAUACCAUGUGGGACACUAAGAUCAGGUAUAGCCCGGGAUACUGCGUCCAUCUUAUUAGGCUAAGAGCUGUUCUUAGUCACAGCCAAGUCCAUUAG